CGGAAACUACUAUUGCUACCCCCAUUGUAGACGUCUUUGGUUCUAUUGUACCAGAACCUUAGAGAGUUCCUUUUUUUUUUCUCUAUUUUGGGGGGAGGGGAGCUGUCCCUCUCACCCACUUCACUUUCCUUUUCGUGCUCUAUUUAACUGGUCAUAAAGCCCAUUUUUUAGGGUUUUCUGCUAGAAGAACAUCAUAUUUCUUGAGAGCUUUUGAAAAUACAUAAAUGGUGGACUUCCCAGAAUCCAGUUAGGUAAGCUCUAGUUUUUAUCAUAUAUUCUAUGCCAGCUUCCAUCUUAUUAUUGAUCCAUCAGUGACUUCCCUUUCAUUUGAAAUCGUGGAUGCAAUAAACAAAUGCUUCGGAAAGUACCUUACAAGUUACAACCAAUGGUUACCAACUUCUACUAUUCUCGAACCUGAGUUCAAAAGCCGUAAUUUUUUUAGGGGGUUUUGAAUCAACCAAAAGCAAGCCACGUUUGCUUUUAGCUUUGGUAGUAUCGAAAUGACUUUGGUGUGUUUGAAUACAAAGAAUUAGGUGUUGCUACUACAUGUUUAUGAGUGCGCCCAUACGAUCUGUGAGAUGCCAGGAUACAAAGAGCACAGGUGGUUUUUGGAGCCUGCCCAUUUGAAGAUGUCUUGGAUUCAGCAUCAAAUCCAGCAAAAAGAUGGUUAUUUGAGCUAUCCCCCUCCUCUUUCUCCUUCAUCCACAUCUCCGUAUGCUAGUACAUUUCAUAAAGAAUCAACUCCAUCCUCUGGUACUAGAAUAAGUCCGGCUGUUCUUUUCAUUAUAGUGGUUCUGGCCGUGCUAUUUUUCAUCUCUGGUCUACUCCACCUGCUUGUAAGAUUUCUUGUAAAGCACCCAUCUUCCUCGGCAUCUACUCAAUCUAAUAGAUACCCAGAAAUCUCAAGCUCUGAUGCUCUUCAGAGACAGCUACAACAACUCUUCCAUCUCCAUGACUCUGGUUUGGAUCAAGCUUUUAUAGACGCUCUUCCUGUUUUCCACUAUAAAGAGAUUGUGGGUCUGAAAGAGCAAUUUGAUUGUGCUGUUUGUCUCUGUGAAUUUUCUGAAAAGGACAAGCUCAGAUUGCUUCCUAUGUGUAGUCAUGCUUUCCAUAUCAAUUGUAUAGACACUUGGCUCCUGUCAAAUUCAACAUGUCCUCUUUGUAGAGGGACCCUCUUCACCCCCGGGUUUUCUAUUGAAAACCCUAUUUUCGAUUUUGAUGAUUUGAUAGAAGAAGAUGGUUGUGCCGGUAAUGGUGAAAAUCGGGUCACUUCUAGUCAAAAGACAGCGGAAAUGGACGAAAUUGUUGUUGAAAAGGGGGUUUUCCCUGUGAGACUUGGUAAAUUCAGGCAGCUAAAUGUUGGGGCAGAGGAGACUGGAGGGGGAGAGACAAGUAGCAGUAACUUAGAUGCAAGAAGAUGUUUUUCAAUGGGGUCAUAUCAGUAUGUUCUGGGCAAUUCAGAUCUCCAGGUUGCCUUGUGCCAUGAUCGAGAACACCAUGAUAACAAACUCUCACGGGGGAUGGAACAUAAUGGGAAUUCCUCAGUUAAUGGCGAUAUGGAAGGGAAGAAGAUUGGUACUGUGACUAAAGGUGAGAGCUUUUCCGUUUCCAAGAUCUGGCAGUGGCCAAAGAGAGGCAAAUUUUCAAGUUCCUCAGAUGCACAGAUGGGCAUGCCACCUUCUCUUAGUACGGAAUUUCCAUGGAUGAAUAAAAAACAAGGGACAUGAAAGGGAAAUGACAAUAUAGGAUCUGCUCUGAUGACCCAUAGUUGGGUUGAGGUCCUGAUCUCAUUGUAGGGAUGAACAGAUGAUGUCUCGUGUCCUUUAACAGAGAAUCAUCGAUGUAUGUGCAUUGGCGACUUUGCAAAUUUUAAUGAUCUCAAGGCCAAACUCAUGGAAACAUCUUGAUGGGAGAAAACUGACACAUUUGCUAGUUCAGGGAUUGUAUCAUCCGAGGAGCAUGCGUAUAGAGAUUUAAGCAUAUAAUCGUGGAUUGGAAUGGCUUACAAAAGCACUUCAUCUGUGCCUGUUUCUUUCAAAACUUCUUAUAAUUUAUCCCGUAAAUAGUUUGUUUUUCCUCUCAACCUUGCUGUAGAAAAGAUCACAAAACGUGUUGCAACACUAACUGAAAGCCAAAAUAGUUUUAGAGGACUUUUACAUUGUUUGGACCCAACAAAUAUAUUUAAAGUUCUUUCAAACUCAAGACCUCUGCUCUCAUAUUAUCUUAAACCAUUAGGGUCUGUUUGGGAAUACAGCUGUUCUCAGAUACUUUCAGAUUACUUCACUACUAUUCACAAACUAUUUACUACUGUUAUGAAAUACUCUUAGUAUCUAAAUGAGCCCGUCCCAAAAGUUGAAGCUGAUAGGAAAAUGUAUAAUUAAUUAUUUACAUUGUAUUCUUAAAACUGUAAACGCUUAAUAUAGCUCUCAUUCUCUUGCUUAGUACCAGCAUUA